GGGUUUAACAUUUAAGGGCGGGAAGCUAACUUCUCUAAACCGCCGGCGAGGAAGAAAGGGAGAGAGCGAACGGAGAAGAGAAUGAAGUUCGCUGUAAAGGCAUGGAGCAACGGCAAAGCUCGAUCUGGGAUUCUUCAGCUAGGAAGCUGUCCUCAUAAUAUUGAGACACCUGCUCUCCUCCUCACAACUCGUAAAGGCUUGCCUGUUUACAUCCCUCCUGAUCAUCUCCCUUCCCUCCCUUCCCCGGAUUCUAACCUCCUCCAUUUCAGUCCUCUUCACUUCUUGGAAGGCAUUUCCCUGAAAGCAAUCUCAAACAUUGGAGGUCUGCACCCAUUGCUUGGGUUACAUGAUCAUAUAAUGGUAGCUGUGCCAAGGGAUUCUAUUAUAUCUAUUCCAGACCAUGACAGUACUAACAGGAUUGGAGCUUCUUUUGAAACUCCUUGUGGUCGUAUGUUGAUUAAGCCUGCAGAUUACAUGGAAAUGAUUUCAUCAAUGAGGCCGAAUUUAUGGGCCACUUUAGCUGAUGAAGUUCCUGCUUGGGCUUCUGAAAAGAGGAACAAAGCCUCAGUUGAACGUACAUUAAAAUGGCUCGACGAAUGCAUCACUUCAAACUCGACAGACGGAGCAGUGCUUGGAUCUGUUGUUGGAGGCUCUAGGGUGGAGCAGCGCCGAAGUUGUGCUCAAGAAGUUGCUAGGAGGAAUGUAGAAGGUUUUUGGAUUGGAGGAUUUGGAUUAGGGGAGAGCAUGGAAGAGCGUAACCCCCUCCUUAAUGCUGUUAUGGAUAGUUUACCUGAAGAAAAGCCACGUCUCAUAAGUGGCCUUGGACUACCAGAAGAGGUCUUGCAAGGUGUUGCUGCAGGUGUUGAUUUAUUUGAUUCCACUUACAUCUACCAUCUCACACUAGGAGGCUUUGCUCUCACCUUUCCACUUGAAAGCAUAGAGAAGCAAGUAACUAAAUAUCAACCAAAUAGUAAUUCAGGAUGUGAUGGCACAAAGAUAAAUUUGAAAGGAACAGUGUAUAGGAAGGAUACAUCUCCUAUCGUCGAUAAUUGCAAGUGUUAUACAUGCCAAAAUCAUACAAAAGCUUACAUCAAUCACCUUCUCAAUGUACAUGAGAUGCUGGCACAUAUUCUGCUGGAAAUGCAUAACACACAUCAUUUUCUGGGAUUCUUCCGCUCUAUCAGAGAGGCAAUUCACGAAGGAAAAUUCGAGCAAUUUCGACAGAAAUUCAUAGGAAGUAGGCAUGAACAUAUCUUUUCUGCUGCUUUAAACGUCUAACUUGAUAUUUCUGUGCAAG